AUGUUCGCCGCCCGCGCCGAUCAAGAAAACCUGGCCUACGCCCAUCAAGCUGCCGCCGCUGCCAAACCACUAAAUCAACAAGCAAAGACUCCAGCUAACAAGGCUCCUAAGACGCCGUUCCGCCGCAAUCAGAAUGACGAGAACGACGCUUUCCAGUCCGGCUUCAAGACUGGCAAGACGACCAAGAAGGUCAAUCUGGAUCCCAAUGCCUUCAUCACUCCAGCCGGCCCUCGCAAUCGCGCCCCACUGGGCAUGAAGACAACCAAUGCCAAAGCAAAGACACCAGCUCCCUUGACCAUCAAAGCAUCCGCUCAGAAGACUCUGAGCCCUCGUCUACGCAGACAGAAGGUCAAGAUCCACCAAGCUGAGUCAACCCAGCAGCAGCAAGAUGAUGGCGUGCCGGAUAUUGAGUACAUGGCCCCCAGAUCCAUCCCCCUACCUGACCAUCCAGACACAAUCCACGAACGCGACUACUCAAUGCUAAGUCCCGAGUAUGCUACCAACGGCUUUUGGGGCGCUUUCGGCGACGCUCCCGAUGAGCACGGUGUGCGACCGACUGAACGCAAGAACCGCGAGAUGAUGGCACGAACAGAUAAGAUCCAACAAGACAUCAUCCGACGCGCUCUUGAAGCCGAUGACUUCCUCAGUCUUGAUCUCACAAAGGUCCGCAAGGGCUUCGAGGAGAAGGAGCUGCAGUCCAGAGCACCUUCUAGCUUGUCGGCCCGACGUGCAGUCAGUGCCUUGUCGAGAUCAUCAUCGACUACGGCACUUGGUCCUCGCUUUGCUGCUCCCACAGCGACCGCCGCCGCUCGCUCGCGCACGACCAACACUGUCCGCCCUUUACCCCGCAAGCCCGUCUCGUCCUUGACCGCGCCCACGGCAUCGUCGACUCGCCAUGCCACGGUAGCCACCGCUUCCCGGAACACCCUUGGCUAUGCUGGAGGCCGUGCCGUCUCUGCUGCGUCAAGACGCCCGUUGUCAACUCUUCACGACAAGCCUAUCACACCAACCGAGAAGAGAACCAGAACCGUUCUGGAGAACCUCAUGGCCGACGAUAUUGAGGUCGAAGAGCUGCUUCGUGAACGUAACGCCCGCAUGGAGGACAGCGAUGCUCCUGUGGAGCCUAUGAGCAAACUCUCGAUUCUUCUUGAUGAGGAUGACGAGUUCAAGGACUUCCAGCUGACCUUGCCCGAAUGA